GUCUUCAGUUAACGGAAUCCUAUUUCCCGGAGGGGACGUCUCCAUGACCAACUCGAGUGGCUAUGGCGCCGCAGGACAAAAGCUUUAUGAACUCGCAGUGAAAGCUUACGAUGAGGGAAUUCACCUGCCCAUCUGGGGAACGUGUCUCGGUCAGGAGAUGAUCCUGUACUUGGCUGCGAACCAGACUGACUGGAUGACCAGCUGUCUGGCGGAAAAUAAAGCCGACUCUCUCACCUUGCAGCCAGAUCACGAGGAAUCUCUCCUAUUUCGCGAGAUGCCGAAGAGAAUCAAGCACUUCCUACAAUUUGAGAACACCACAGUAAACUUCCACGAGUUCUGUUCAACCCCAGAGAACUUCACUGCCUCUGGCCUGAUCGGCGACUUCAGGAUGUUGGCUACGAGUUUUGACUACUCCGACUUGGAGUACGUGGCUAUGGUGGAACAUCGCAAGAUGCCAAUCUUCGCCAGUCAAUUCCACCCGGAGAUGACUCCUUUCCAAUGGCCAGCUGACGGGCGCCAUAACAACAUUCCCCACAGCUCGGAGGCUGUGCAAGUUUCACAUUUUUUUGCCGAUUUCUUUGUCAGUCAAGCUCGCUUCAAUGACCAACAUUUCCAGACCCCCGAGGAAGAGCGGGAAGCCUUGAUCUACAACUACCAAACUACCUUCACCGGAUAUGAAGGAAUGAUUUACACCGAGGUCUACCUUUUCCGGUAGACGAGAGAGAAAUUAGGAAUCUGGCAAAAAUUCUGGUCGCUCUUCUCCCAAACUUUUUUUUGUCAAUUCUAAAUGAGCGUUACUACAUUUUCCAUAAAGUUUACACAAUCUUACGUCGUAAGUCUUAAGACACGCGUGUACAGUAACAAAAGGACUAAACUACAGUCUCCAAAAGCAUUAGAACCUGAACACAUUUAUAACAAGUUGAAACUUUCAGAAAAUGUUCAGACUUCAGAAAACUGUCUGGAAAAAUGUAAUAAAAGUCCCCAAGAAUCCACCUUGGGUCUUUUAAGAAAUUCAAGAUGGUGUCCAAGAUAGCCACUGUCUAAAGAUUUUCUCAUAUUUCAGGAUUAAAACAUCAUAGAAAUGCAAAUAAUGAUUCAAAAUAUAUGUUUUUGGGGGCAUUGAAUUCAAUUUCAGUAAUAUCUUAAAGAUUUACUGAAAUCCUUAUUCAGUUGUACAUAGCUAUGAGCUAUUUUCACUAUACCUGUGGUAAUACUAUAGAAACCUUAAGAGUAGAAUUAGAAUAUUCAUGGAUUGUAUGUGUUAGGUAUUUAUGUUUAUAACUACCUAUUACCAGAGGUUAUAUUUGUGUUUACAGAUACUUACUACUCAUUAAUACAACUACCCUGUUAACUAUCUUGUCUUCUUUUAAACUGUAUAUCAUUAUAAGUUAGUCUUAAAAAUAAAGUCAUU